AUGACGAUCAAUGGCGAGCCUCUGAAAAACCCCCAUCCUAACCGGCUGAAACGAACUCUGGAAGGUCUCGCGGAAAUGAAUCGAACGGUGAACAACAGAUUUUACUCCGAUCCAAUUAAUCAGGACCUACGGCUGAACCUUCCGCUGGAAAAGUGCUUCUUAAUUUUUAUCCAACGCCAGCAUAAGAUAAAGCAAGAAGAGUUGGAGAAUGAAGACGUUGAGAAUGACAAGACACAAGACCAUACGAAUGAGGAUGAGGAAUUAGAUGAUCUUGAAGAUGAUUACGCUAAGGGCUCAACAGACUUUUUUCCAGGGCUUAACUUCCGUAUUAUAAAUACCUCAUGA